AUGGAGAAGGCGAAGAACGAUGGCGACACCCCAUUGUCCAUCGCAGCUCAUCGGGGGCACUUGGAGGUCGCACGCCUUCUGUUGGACGCAAAGGCUGACAAGGACAAGGCCAAUUACCUUGGCACCACCCCUCUGUCCAUCGCAGCUCAUCGGGGGCACUUGGAGGUCGCACGCCUUUUGUUGCAUGCAAAGGCUAACAUGGACAAGGCGAAGAACGAUGGCGACACCCCAGUGUUCAUCGCAGCUCACUUGGAGGUGGUGCCACCCCUUUGCUCGUUACAGCGUGCACUGACAGUUGCACGGCAGUUUGCACGAGCAGUUGGAUGCUCAAGAAGGUCAAGGGCAGUUUAA